ACACACUGUGGGUAAAUUUUUUCCAGCUAGUCGAAGCCACGUGUAGCUAGUUGACGUGUUGUCGUUUUGUCGAGUAAAGAUUUGCCGGCUCGAACUUUACUAUGACCUCUCUUUACAAGAAAUCAACAAUUAAGACCAUGCAUGAUUCAACAGUUAAGUCCAGUUCACAGAAGAUGACGACGAAGGCCAAAGUUCAUAUAAGUGGUGCCUCUAACAUUAGUGAUGAAGACUCUGAAUUGGAAAUGGAGAGAAAUUUUACUCUGCUGAGUAAGAAAAACUCACUUGUCAUCAAUGACGAGGAGAACGAGUCAGUAAGUGAAAGAGAAGAUUUAAGUGGAAAAUGGUUUGAAGGGGAUGAUUGCAGUGAGAAUGACGAGGAGUCAGAUGGUGAUGAAGAUGAGGAGGAGGAUGAAGAAGAAAAAGAAGAAAACUUGAAGGAUGCUGAUGGAAACAGUGCACUUUCAGAAAGCGAUGACAGAGAUGGCAAAGUAGUUACUGAAAAUGACAUUAAAAAAGAGCUUUCCACAAUGUCUUUCGAAGACAUAAUGACACUUCAAAAUAAAGUUGGAACAAAGGUAUACAAUGAAAUAGCAUACGGCACCACCAAGGGUAAACAACCCAUUCAGAAAAGGAAACGUUUGAAUAAAAAUAGGCCCAUGGAGAUAUCAGCCAAAAGACCUGCCCCUUACCUUAGACAAGUCAUUCCUGUAAAGAAAGCGGUGUCCAGAGACCCUCGGUUCGAUGACCUAUCGGGUGAAUACAAACCUGAGAUCUUUGAGAAAACCUACAAGUUCAUCAAUGACAUUAAGCAACGUGAGAAAGAAGUGGUACAGAAGAGACUAAAGAAAACAAAGAUGGCCAACCCGAAGGAGAAACUGCAGUUCCUCUUGAAGAGAAUGGAGAACCAGGAGAGGGCUAGGAAGAGCCGUGAGGAACAGCGGGAGAAGGAGCUUGAGUUCAAGAGGAAACAGAGAGAAAUGGCUGGACAGGGCCUGAAACCAUACUUCCUCAAGAAAUCCGACAAGAAGAAGCUGGAACUGGCCGACAAGUAUAACGAGCUGAAGAGGAGCGGCAAGCUGGAGAACUUCCUCAGCAAGAAGAGAAAGAGGAACGCUGGCAAGGACCGUCGAAAGCUGCCCUUCCAGCACAAGGACCAGUGAAGCCUGGCCACUCGUAUGAGGGUGAAACAUUCUGGUCUCUUGAGCUUUGAGAUAGUCUGGAAUUGUCCAUCCUCAUGUGAAAAACAUCCAAUAGACAUCAGUGAAUUUAAGUGAACAUUUAAGGAUAUAUUUCUGGGAGGGGUUGGGUGAGGAUAUGUAUUUGAAUAUAUUGAAAGCAUAUGUUGACAUUAUUGUGUCAGGGUUUUGUAAAAUCCUUACUGACUUUGGAUGCCUUCACAUGUGAAUGCAUUUCUUAGAUGUCAGAUAUGCAAGGUGUAUUAGACCUUUGGUGUAUGCAGAAGAUUAACUAUUAAACAAAGACAUUAUUUUUUAUAUUUAUUUGUUAGUUUUUUAUAGUUAUUUGUACAAACAUUUGUGGUCAAAUAGGGUAUGUUAUGACAAUUGCAUUACUUGGCACUUUAAGUCAGGUGUUGACAUCACUAGUUGUUUAUGAAUGGUGCUUAACAGACAUCUAGUUUUAUCUAAUGGUUCAAUGCCUUAAUGUAAUAGUCUGUACACUGACUUGUUUACAUGGAACCUGGAAGUUCUAUGCAUAAGAUACACAUUUAAGGGUGGACUGGAUGAUGAUAUUGCUAAACAGAGGACAUCAUUCCAGCAUUUGAAACUGCAUUACACUACCCUGAACACUUCCCUAUCACAAUUGCAUGUAUGCUCUUACCACUUGGUGGAGCUGUGAUAUGUUAAUAAGGCACUCAUCUUUUGGGACCAACAUGACUUCCUGUGCUCAACCACUUAACAGUCACUCUCAUCAAAUGUAAAUAUGUAAAUGAAUUAAAUCUAGUACAAUUUAGGAACAACGUUUGAACAAAUGCAAAAUCUUACAAUCAUAAAUCUCAUAUUUUUUAGGAUAAUUGGCAUAUUAUUAGGUAAAAUCCAGAGGUGAGAUUGAUCACUUUUCAGUUUGUAGAGAUGACCCGUAUAAAUACAAGCAUUGGUAAAGGAUGACAAGCUACCUGCUCUUCACACUUUUUAAAGAUGUGACUUUCUGAAGUCAUACCUUGUUUUCUUGUGCUGGUCUGCUGGUUCACAGUUUUAUUUUGUUUGUCUAAAUGCAGUUUGUGGUAAUUACCAUGCAUCACCUUCUGGGAGAAUGUCUAAAUCAUUUAGAUAGGUGCCCAGGAAUCAUCUACGACUCUUGAGACAUGAUCUCAGUGCAGUUGUAACCCUGUGUCUACAGAGAGACUCUGGGUAGACACUAUUAUUAAGGAACUCUGUCACUAUAUUCACUCAGGGGUAUCUUAUCUCUAGGCUCAUAUAGGAGGACUGCAGUAGUGCUUAAUUAUAUCAAAAUAUCCACCCAAACUCACGAUAACAACAGCAAACCAAUCAGAUAAUGUUUCAAAAAGUAUGAAGUUAUAUUUAUAAGAGUAUCAAUACACCAUAUAUAAUUUCAGGAUGAAUGUAAAGAAAAUAAUAAAAGUGUGUAAUAUGCAA